CACGGAGCGUCGUUAGAAUCUCGUCUAUUCAUCCCUUUACUUUGAGUCCACAAAAUGAAAUCUUCCGCUGUCUGAUACUCUACCACUUUCAUUAGACGAAAAACGGCGGCGAAUACGACGGCCAUGGCGACGCCAGGAAAUCAGAGCCGGGAGCAGAGCGUGUACAUGGCCAAGCUAGCAGAGCAAGCAGAGCGUUACGAGGAGAUGGUGAAGUUCAUGGACGACCUAGUCGUCGCCACCGCCACGUCAGGCUCCGAGCUGACCGUGGAGGAGCGCAACCUUCUGUCGGUGGCUUACAAGAACGUCAUCGGAUCUCUCCGUGCGGCCUGGCGAAUCGUUUCGUCGAUCGAACAGAGGGAGGAGUCCCGCAAGAACGAUGACCACGUCAUCCUCAUCAAGCUCUACAGAUCCAAGGUUGAGUCCGAGCUCUCGGCCGUUUGCGCCGGAAUUCUCAAACUCCUCGAACACUAUUUAAUCCCCUCUGCUUCCUCUUCAGACUCCAAGGUUUUCUACUUGAAGAUGAAGGGCGAUUACCACCGUUAUCUGGCGGAAUUCAGGGCUGGUGAUGAGCGGAAAGAAGCCGCGGAGGACACUAUGCUUGCCUAUAAAGCUGCCCAGGAGAUUGCAGUUGCACAUCUAGCGCCUACUCAUCCUAUACGAUUGGGAUUGGCACUCAACUUCUCAGUAUUCUACUAUGAGAUUUUGAAUACAUCAGAAAAAGCUUGUAGUAUGGCUAAACAGGCAUUUGAGGAAGCUAUUGCUGAGCUAGACACAUUGGGUGAGGAGUCUUACAAGGACAGCACUCUUAUCAUGCAAUUGUUGCGGGAUAACCUCACUCUAUGGACUUCAGAUAUGCAGGACCACAUGGAUGAAGCUUGAGCUGAACUUUUUCAAUUGAUCAAUUUUUAUAAUGUACAAGCAUGAAUAGUGAUGUCUUCUGUAUUUAUAUCAAACGCGCAGUAUUUGCUUGCUUUUGAUCACAUAUGUGAUAUGUUUAUUUCACUCAUGCUGGUUUGAAGCCUCUGAUGACUGUUCAUCUUGUUGUGAACGCUGGUUUCCGUGUUAGCCAGCCAUUGCCCAUUGCAAUGUAUGUCAUCUUGUAAAAUAAAAUAGAGUUCAUUUCUUAUUGUAUAUUAAUCCAAUAUUUGAUUGGGUUCAAGUUUAAAAAUCUAUGCGAGAAUUGGUGUUAUUAACAUAAUUACUAGUUUACUACCAUGGCACCAUGUAUGUUUCAACCCUUACCCCAUCAUAGGUGGGUGUCUUUGCGGCAUUGGGGAUUUGGGGUAAUGAUUUUGAUGAUGGUAUCAUCUAUGUUUCAAGUUUUA